CCAGACCUGCGUGUUCAGACGUACUAGGCGGACGGUGUUGUGAUGUCUGUUGUAGUGCAGUUUAAGGCCUCGUUUCUGUGGAGUGUUCUUAACUAUUCUCAUGCUAAGUGCUGACUGUUCUUGGCAUAAAAUUAUUCAGUGUGAAGAAACAGAUAUUCGCAUCAAGUGACACGCAUCGUAGCAGGCAGGGGACGGGCGCUUGUACCAGACGACAACAGUGCAGGCAGUGCUCAACCAUAGCUUCGCGCGAGAGAGACCACGCGUAAGGUGCCUCCACGAUCAAUACACUGCCUGCAAAGAUACAAGGGAAAUUACCACUGCGAAAUCCCCGAGGAGAAAAUAAAUUUUUAAACUGGAACAUCAACAUGUCUCGCAUACGUGUCGCUGUGAUUGGCGCUGGCCCUGCAGGUCUCUGCGCAGCUCGCCAUCUUGUUGAUGACAGCCACCAUUUUGAAUUCAAAGUUUUCGAACAGUGGGGAGAAGUUGGUGGAACAUGGUGCUACACUGACUUAACGGACAUCGAUGAAUAUGGAGUUCCCAUACAUUCCAGCAUGUACAAAAGUUUAAAAACCAAUAUUCCUAAGGAAAUAAUGCCAUUUCCUGACUUUCCAUUUCACGAAACGGAAGAGUCUUUCGUCCACCACACCGCCGUCCUCAGAUAUCUUAAGGAGUACGCUCAACACUACGGCCUGUAUGAACAUAUCAGGCUGCGAACUGCCGUGAAGAAAGUCUCUCCCAUUGGUAGCAAUAAGGGGAGGACAUUAUGGUCGGUGGUCACUGAGGACGUGGAGACCAAGAAACAAGAGGAGCUCGAGUUCGAUGCUGUGAUGGUCUGUAACGGGCAUUAUUCUGUACCAUAUAUACCAGAAAUUGAGGGAAUCGAGAAGUUCGAAGGAUUGAUUCAACACAGCAAAGCCUAUCGGUCAGCCGAAGCAUAUAGAAAUCUUCGCGUGGUUGUCCUUGGUGCUGCUUCCUCGGGGAUGGACAUUGCGGUGGAGGUAGCCGCGGUGGCCAAUCAGGUUUAUAUUAGCCACAAUUUACGGGAAUCUCUGAUGUACUUGCCGCCAAACGUAAAACAAGUGCCGGGCAUCAAAGCAGCUUCCAUUGAUGGAUUUACUUUCCUGGAUGACUCCAGUGAGAAAGCUGAUGCCCUGAUUUAUUGCACAGGUUACAAAUUCGACUUUCCGUUUCUGACUCCGGAAUGCAAGGUGCGAAUUGAAGGCCGUCGCGUCAUGCCCCUGUACAAACAUUUGAUUCACACAGAACUUCCAACUCUUUGCUUUGUUGGUUUACCCUUCAAAGUACUUCCUUUCCCACUCUUCCACUUUCAGAUACAGUAUUUUAUGAGGACACUGGACGGUUCAAUCUCACUACCAAGUAAGGACGAAAUGGACGAGGAGACGGAAAGAGAUUUUCAGAAACGACUCGCACUGGACAUGCCACCAACAUAUGCGCACCAGAUGGGAUCCAUGCAGUGGGACUAUUUCGCGGAGUUAGCUGACUGCCUCGGAAUCAAGAGGCUUCCUCCAGUCGUGAGAAUGGUGUACGAUUAUGUGGCCGACAGGAGGAAAGAAGACAUGAUGCACUACAAGACCGAGAGUUACACUCUGCUGGACCAUGGACAUUUUGCGAGGAAUCAGGUUUCACCUUGAGAAGUGAACAGAAAAAUGUUUCUUGAGCUGUGUGGAAGUACGUUGCCAAAUAUUGGAUACAAAUACAAAUAAAUACACCAAAGCCCUAAUCCAUUUUUAUUGUAAGAAUCGCGAAUUGAUUUUUAGAGGAAGUUUUCUUUAAAACUCUGUACUCUUUGUACUGUUUCUCCCCAGGCUUCCAAGCGACAUUACUGUAAUAUGUUCUUACAUGUUCAUUGUUAGUCUUGUGCCGAGAAAAACGUAAAAGUUAAUAUUAAUUCAAUAAAUUAACGACUAAUAACUCUUUACUGACAUUAUGUAUAACCAAUAAGCAUGUACUAUGUGUCAAUAUGAGAGUAGUAUUAUUAUGUAUUUGUGGUUGUCACUAUUAUAAGUAUAUAGUUAUAAAUUUCAUAUUAUUCGUACAAUGAGAGAAAAGCAAUGCAUUCUACUUACACUAAAAUAGUGUAAUAAUUUGAAUACUCGUAUUUAUAAUGAAA